GACUUUGUGUCACUGCUGCCUGUCGAAUUGUCCAUUCAUAUUCUCUCUUAUACUGAUGCUCGUACUCUUGGGAGAGCUGCCCGUGUGUGUCGCAAGUGGAGAGCAUUGGCUUCUGAAAACUCUUCUUGGAAAUCAUCCUAUUUUCGUAAUGGCUGGACUGUUAAUGAAAACUAUCUGGACAAACUCUUUCUUUACUCUGCUAAUAUUACAUCUUUGGAUCGAUACAAACAUUUGGAUUGGAAGCACAUUUAUCAUCAACGAUUUCUGCUUAGUCGAAACUGGAGAGACGGAAUCUACACUGCAAGAAAUAUUAAUGCCCAUGAUGAGGCUAUUUACUGCCUACAGUUUGAUGAAGAUAAAAUCAUAUCUGGAUCACGGGAUGAUACGAUCAAGGUGUGGGAUAUGAAGAGCGGUGUUUGUGUCAAUACUCUUGUUGGGCACAUGGCUUCAGUUCUUUGUCUGCAGUACAAUCACAAUACUCUUAUAUCGGGCUCUUCAGACUCGACCAUUAUUGUAUGGGAUCUCAAGUCUUGCAAAAUUAUUCGCAGACUUCAUGGUCACACGGAAUCUGUUUUAAAUCUGCGGUUCAAUGACUCUGUCAUUGUAUCUUGUAGCAAAGAUAAAACCAUCAAAGUUUGGGAUACUCAGACUGGUGAAUUGUUGCGCACACUGCAUGGACAUCGUGCUGCAAUCAACGCUAUUCAAUUUGAGAAUGGGUUGAUAGUAAGUGCUUCUGGAGAUCGUACCAUUAAAAUUUGGCAAAUGAGCACUGGACUCCUUAUUCGAACACUUUCUGGACAUACCCGUGGCAUUGCUUGUGUUCAAUUUGACGGCAAUAUUAUUGUUUCAGGAUCGUCUGAUAAAACCAUCAAGGUAUGGGAUGCACAUACUGGGUUUCAAUUGUAUACGCUCACUGGACACAAAGAUUUGGUUCGUACGCUUCAGUUUGAUCAGCAUCGCAUUGUUUCCGGAUCGUAUGACGAAACCAUCAAGGUGUGGGAUAUUCAUACUGGCACGCUGUUGCAUGAACUCGUCGGAGGACAUUCGUCUCGUGUGUUCAAGCUUCAGUUUAACGACUCAAAAGUUGUCAGUUGUAGUCAGGAUCAACACAUUAUCGUAUGGGAUUAUUCACAGGGAAUCGAUACUCGAUACUUUUGUCGCUAA